AUUAAGCCACAAACAACAACAAAACACAGGACGCCAUUGUUUACAAGAGCGCCAUCUUGGUCUUAAUAGGAAUUAAAGCUAGGAAACGGCGCGAUGCUUGAUUUCCCGUUCCUCGUUAGCCGUGCGGAAUUAGUACAUGUUAUCCCGGAAAAAAUCAAGUAACUUCCCUUCGCUCGACGUUAUCUUGGAGUGGCGUCGACGCCCCUUCGUCCCGUACUACGCAGUACACGACACGCAAUCGGUGAUACGAGGAAUCGGCGUUGGCGAGCAGUUGGCGUCGGUGUGGCUGUGUGGUGAGCUGAUCGCGAACUCCAAGAAGCACCUUCCUCGCUCUAGAAUUGCAGCGACUUGAGUCUGAACACAUCAUGUCGAGGAACAAACAGGAAAAGCACGCCGAGCUUGACCAAGCGAGAUCUAAGCUCGAUGGAGUUCUUCAAAAUCUCAUGGAGAAAACGGAAGAAAGUCAGAGCUCGUCGUCGCAGUCGGACGACGAGGCCAAGGCGUCCGAUGUUGUGAUGAAGGACCCGUCACCAAUGUCAUCUCCUUCGAAGAGGGUGCAGAAAACUCAGAGGAAGCGACGUCGGAAAGACGAAUCGGCUCUCCAGGCUUCAAACACCUACAUCACAAAAAUCUAUGGCUGCAGUGUUGAUUUAGCGCAGUUCGACGAAAACUCUCCAUUGUACUCAAUGUGCCGAAGUUGGAUCCGUAACAAGCCACUGCAAGAUGGCGAAAAAGCAGCCAACAUUGAAGAUGAGGAAGAGGAGCAAAAGGUUUUUGAAUCUGGCGCAGAGAAGGGGGAUGAGAAUCCCAAAGGAGUGUACAACAUGCCACCACCGGUCGCUGCACCCAGGGAUAAAGACGGGAAUAUUAGAGACUUACGGAUACCAUCGCCGCUUCCGCCAUCCACUGAGAAGUUUUUCAUGGCAUCUGAUGAAAGCGAGGUUGUCCCAGUCAGUGUCCUUCUUGCUGGUCACCAAGCCCGCUGGAAAGGCAUCAGACAAAAAUGGAAAGAAGCAGCCAUGGUCAAUGAAGAACGCUACAAGGAAAGUACAGCUGUCCUGCACCGAGCCAUGAAUCGUGAUGAUGCACCGGCAUCCCAGUGGGAAAGCGUGGCCACUUGACCACUUCUCGACAGCUGCGGUGAAAUGACGAGGAAGUGUAGACUGUAGACAUUUCAGGUGUUCCGCGAUUCACUCACUGCGAGCUGUAAAGCUUACGGAUUGGAGUAAGCAGUCUCUACCUGCUGUAACGUAUGGUCUGUAAGGAAGCAAUGUGCGCUAAUUACUGUGAACUGUUCUGCUAAAGAUAAAGUUCCAGUUCCCAAAGAAAAUGCUGGGGCUCACUUGGCUGACUGGCUGUCAAGCACAAGUCAACUGCAAAGCUUUGCAAAUAUGCUCUUUGGAGCCGAGAAAAUGAGCGAUCUGAGGCCCAGCUACAUUGCGCACAAUUGCGAGGACACCGUUGCUAGCGUGGUCGGUCUUGCCGUCUUCAGCAGCUUUACCGCAAUAUAUGCUUUGUUUGUUGAUAUACCCUUCAAUGUGCUCCUUUUGUGUCAUGUUAUUCUCCCACGAAUGUGUAGCUCGUUCUUGGCUGCGAUAUCGUAAAAAGAGGCCAUUCCAAUUAAAUAUCUGUU